AUGUUGUUUUCUCUCAAAGAAGUAAUCCAGUGGAUCGGACUGUCGGCUUUCGAGCUGUGGCUUCACGUGGUGUCUCUGCUGGUGUUCAGCAUCCUACUGGCUCUAAAGCUGGAGGGCGUUCUAUCAACCACCUGGUGGACCGUUUUCAUCCCUCUGUUCGCCAGUGACGGCCUCCACGCCUACUUCUCCUCUAUCGUGUUCCUGAGACUGAAUCUGGAGGGAGACCUGAGAACUGCGGGAAUACGCACGGCUUGGAGCGCUGUCGUCUUGGUGUUGCUGUUUGCCUUUAAGAUGCUUCUGUGUCAGAAGCUUGAGGACCAGAACAACCUGACAUUCGCCAUGAUCAUGUCUCCUGUCUUCAUCCUGCUGCAGGUGCUCAUGAUCAGGGCCUGCCAAGUCGGGAACUGAAAGACUUUCACGUCAGUGAAGUUAGGCAUCCGGGUAUGCCAAAAACAGUUACUCAAAC